GGGCGGUUGGCAUCUCGCUUGUCAUCGACUCCUCACCACUUGCAGCAGGGAAUGACUCUGGCCUUCCUGGAGAAGCAGCUCUCCUCCGCCCUCAUCCUCCUCUCAGCAAGCGAGUACAGGCACUGGCUUCUAAUCUACGCACGUUUCCUCGUAAAUGAGGGUUAUGAGCUGAGGUUAAGGGAACUAUGUCAGGACUUACUAGGACCCGUUCACAAAUCCAGCAGCAGCUCCUGGGAGCCGACAGUCCUGGGACUGAGAAAGAGGGAUCUGUUGACAGAGGUGUUGCCUGUGAUUGGUCAGAACUUGCGGUUCCAGAGACUCUUCACUGAGUACCAGGAUCAGCUCGAAUUGCUGCGUUUGAAAUAGCACUUCACCUUUGACUUUUUGAUGUUUUACCCCUGACCCUGGCCUGCACAUGUGCUAACGGUCUGCCGUAGCUUUACUGAUUUUAAAGCA